AUGCACUGCGAGGUGGCCGAGGUGCUUUCGGACAAGAGGCCCAAGGAGGCCCCCGCUGCGCCCGGCCCCAGCCUCGGGCCGGCCGCCCUCGGCGCGCACAUGGCCUUCAGGGUCACCGUGAGUGGCGGCGGCUGUGGGGACGGGGUCCAGCGGGAUCUGCUCCCUCGGCUGUCCGUGCUCCCGCCGCGCUCCCAGGACCUCCUGCGGCCCCGGAGUCCGCGAGACUACGGCUCCUCCAAGGCCGCCGCCACCGGGAAGGUGAAUGGGAGCUAUGGCCACUGCACACCCGGCUCAGAAAAGGGCCUGCUGGACCUGGACCUUGCCGAGGGCUCCGGCCCCACCUGCCACCAGAGCCUGUUUCUCCCUGUGGGAACUCCACCGCCCCAGGGCCACUCCCCUGCCUGCGAAAGGCUGCUGCAUUUCCCCCACUCUCACAGGUCACCCAGGCCCCAGGCCACCUAUGUGAAUGGUGGCCUACCAGCCACACAGCACAUCAAGCAGGAGUCCCCGCCCGACUUCCAGGCCAUGGCCGAAUCCCACCCACCCCUACCGACACACUGCCGGGCCCCGCCAGCCCCAGGACUGCACACAGCGCUGGACCUCCCAGGCCGAGGCCUCACCAACCCUGCCUCUUCCUGCUACCUUCUGGCCAGUGAGCCUAGCCCGGGCCUGGGCCCCCAGCCUGAGGCCCACCUGCCUGAGGGCAGCCUGAAGCGCUGCUGUCUCUUGGGCCUGCCUCCAGUCUCCUCAGCCUCUGCCUCACCUUGUGUCUCCUCCAAUGUCACCCCAAUCAUCUGCUCCUCCCAGACAGCUCUAGUCUCCUGUGUAAAUGGACUCCGGAGCCCCCUUCUGCAAGGAGACAUCGGGGGCCCUCUCAAGCGGUCCCAGCAUGGCCCUGCAUCCACUGAGAGCCAGGAGGGCAGUGUGCAGCUGGAAGAGUGCCAGAAGACGGGCUUCCUGAAGCAGGAGCCUUCGGACGAGUUCUCAGAGUUCUUCGGAACUCACCACCAGGGCCUGCCACCUCCCUACCCCCUGCCUCAGUUACCAGCCGGCCCAGGCCUGGGAGGCCUGGGGUUGGGCCUGGCGGGCAGGCUGGUAGCAGGUCGGCAGGCCUGCCGCUGGGUGGACUGCUGUGCAGCAUACGAGCAGCAGGAGGAGCUGGUGCGGCAUAUCGAGAAGAGCCACAUCGACCAGCGCAAGGGCGAGGACUUCACCUGCUUCUGGGCUGGCUGUGUGCGCCGAUACAAGCCCUUCAACGCCCGCUACAAGCUGCUUAUCCACAUGAGGGUGCAUUCGGGUGAGAAGCCCAACAAGUGCAUGUUCGAGGGCUGCAGCAAAGCCUUCUCGAGGCUGGAGAACCUGAAGAUCCACCUGAGGAGCCACACAGGUGAGAAGCCGUACCUGUGCCAGCACCCAGGCUGCCAGAAGGCCUUCAGCAACUCCAGCGACCGUGCGAAGCACCAGCGCACGCACCUGGACACGAAGCCGUAUGCUUGCCAGAUCCCUGGCUGCUCCAAGCGCUACACGGACCCCAGCUCCCUCCGCAAGCACGUGAAGGCCCACUCAGCCAAAGAGCAGCAGGUGCGCACGAAGUUGCGUGCCAGCCCUGACACAGAGGCCGAUGUCCUCAAGGAGUGUCUGGCCCUGCAGCAGAUCCAUGCUUCUGCACAGCUGGCUGCUGGUGAUGGGAAGGGCGGAUGCCUGGGCCAGGAGCUGCUCCCAGGUGUGCACCCCAGCUCCAGCACCCCUCUCAAUGGGCUUGCCUCCAGCCUCCUGCUCCCCACCCAUGACGUCCCUUCCAGGCACCACCCGCUGGAGACCGCCGCCAGUGCUCAGCAUCACCUGUCCCCUCUGCCAACGGCCGACAGCACCAGGGACGGGUUGGGGCCCGGCCUCCUGUCACCCAUGCUCAGCCCACUGAAGGGACUCAGGCCACCUCCAGCGCCCUCCCAGAGCCGAUCUCCAGGGGCCCAGCCAUUUUCCACGUUGCCCAGCAAGCCACCCUAUACUCCUUUCCAGAGCCCCCCACCUCCACCACUGCCCAGCCCACAAGGCUACCAGGGCAGCUUCCACUCCAUCCAGAACUGCUUUCCCUACAGCGACUGCUACCGGAGCGGCGAGCCAGCAGCCAGCGGGUCUGGGCUGGGCGGGGAGGUCCCUGGGUUCACCCCGCUGCGGCCCAACGGCUACCCCAGCCUCGGUGCACCUUUACCUGCCGCAGGCUACGAGGCCCCGUGCCCCACAGUGCUGCCCCCACAGUUGUCUGAAGAUGCGGUGCCUGGUGGCCCCGAAGACUGCAGCUUCUUCCCCAAUGGCGCUUUUGACCACUGUCUGAGCCACAUCCCCUCCAUCUACACAGACACCUGAAGGAGGGCAGCACCUGCCAGCCAGUGCCCAGCUCUGCGUCACCCUUGCUGGGGUUCUCCAUUCCUGCCCCGGGCUGGGCCAGCCAGGCUGCCAUAUGAGGCUGAGCUCAGUGGUACCUGCCAGGGACCACAACCAUGUGACAGGCCCCUGGUUGUGUCUUCCUGUUUCUUGCCUAUGGUUUUGAAAUCACAGACCUCGUGUAUAUAAAGUGUAUGGAAAGUGUUUCCCAUUCCCCUGCCAGUUUUAUAUUUUUGUUUUACAAGAGAAACAUUAAAAACUGG